UACUUUUGCCUUGAGGGGCGUUGCCUCGGAGGGCGUGUGCGCUGGGACGCCAGUUGGACAUCCCUGGUGUGCGCGGUGUGGUGGCGUAGGUGUGGCAGCGCGCGUGGCCGCUGUGCUUGCAGGGGGUCGGGCGGGCGGCGCGCGCUCGUGGCCAAGGGCGCGGAGGCGCCGCUGCUGCCAGAUGCCGCCGCCGACAAGGGCCGCGCCGCCGCCUCCAACAGGCAGAUCCACCCGCUGUGCGAGGACAAGGCCCAGCUCCUGGCCUACGAGGCGGCGCCCUCGCCCGCGCCUUCGCCCUCGCCCGCGCAGCCGCCCGCGCCCAACAUCUGCGUCGAGGGCGGGCGCAUCGAGUUCAUCAAGCCGCCGCCAGAGCGCUCGCCGCCGCCACCUGCGCCGCCGCCGCUGCCCCCGCCGCCACCGCCGCAGCCCCCGCCGCCGCCACCGCCACGAGCGCCGCCCGCCGCCCUCGACCACGACCAGGAGAAGUGCGACGUCGCC